AUGAUCACGAAUACUAGAUCAUUUGAAAUUAAUAUGACCGUUUUAUCAAUUCGAUGUUUUCAAGAAUAAAAUUUCCAUGUGCUUGAACUGGAUCAAAAUACGUUUUUGUUGUAAAAUGUUAUACAGUACAUAGAAAAUAACGAUUGAAUGAUCAGCGAAGAUACCUACUUGAAUGCAAUUUUUAAUUUUUUCCAAAACCAAAACAUCAAUUAAUUUGUUUUCAAUUAAUUUUUGGUUUUGAGUAAGUCUAAAUGAAACAAGUGAAUAAAAUGAAAUUAUCAUGAAAAUGACCCCACGAAAGUCAUAAAGCAGAACACAAACCAAAUGUGUGUGGAUUUACUUCAAGCUCACUUCAAGUACAUGGAAAAUUUAUUUUUGAAGAAAUCAAAUUGACAAAAUAUUGAUGUGUUUAAUUAAGGUGAUUAUUAACCUCGAACGAUCUCGAAUUUGUGAUCAAGAGAUUGAAUUCCAAUUUAAUGACCCCCGCAAAUGCGAUUCUCCCUUUUAUUUGUUUAAAAUAGAGCAGGUUUCUGAUUGAAUCGAAUCUAAAAAUGGAUUCUUCAAGUUUGAAAAAUAAUGGAAAAAAUUAUCCAAUUUGUGACUAAUUUUCACAAAAAAAAAAAAAAAUGAAAAAAAAAAAGAUGUCAAGACUUGGUAAAAUUGAAAGGAAAACAAAGAAUUAAAAACUAAAACCAAUGUUGUAAAAAAAAAGGAAUUUCGUGUGAAUAGGUACACAGUGGUCAAUUGUUUUUUGUAUAAUUUUCCAUCAAUCAAUCAGUAAAUAGUUAUGUAGGACAGGAAUAUGGGCUAGUGGAGUUGAAUGUUAUUUUUUAUCAUUCCAUAAAAUGCUGUGAUGUUAGAAAUCUCUUAUAAUGAGGUGUUAUUUCUCUUAUUAUUAUCAAUUAUUUUUGAUGAAUAUCAAAGUUGCUUCCUACAAACUUGAAUGAAAAGCAAUAAUUGAUCAAAACUCAAAAACUUCAAAGUUCAAACGUAGAUAGAUAAGACAGUAUUAAAAAAAUAUGAAAAUAAUUAACUACUUCCCACUUCGCUGAGUUUCAAUUUUUAAAAUCGUACAUCUUGCGAUGAAUUGGUGAAAAAUUAAUUUUCUAAACGAUGCUGUCGCAAAUAAUUGUGAAAUGCGUGAAGCAUUUUAUUUCUUAAUUAUGCAUUCAUAUUUCAUGCUGCAGUUUGAAAAAAUUGGAAAAAUUUUAAUAGCAUAAAAAUAAAUAAAAACAUUCGAAGCAGCCAAUAAGCAAAAGGCAAAAAUGCGAAAACUCUCGCAAUCAGCAGGUGAUACAAAUUUUGUGGUGAGUAUUCAAAAUAGUAUGCGUUGAAAUCAGUUUCCCACUGCUGAUUGCGCAUGCGCCAAAGUACGCCGGUUUUCGUUUCGUAGCUAGUAGCUUAGCUACCUCGUUGCAUCUCUCUCACUCGCUUCUUUCUCUAGUUGGUCUAGUUUUAGUUCAGUUCGUGAUCUACUUUUGUUUCGGAAGGUGUCAUCGAGUAUGGGUUACGUUGGUUAUUGAGUAAAAAAGUAAUAAUUUGAAAUUCUCGAAGUUCGUAAUUGCGUGUAAAUGUGCAUAACUGUUGAUUUUCACUCGUAUUUGUGUUUUUCAUCUUGUGUGUCGUGUGAAUUCGAAUAAAAUGCUGAUGCGGCCGCCAUCUUAUACUUGUCCACCACCAAAUGAAGCGAAACCGCGUCUGGGUCUAGCAUUUCGUAGUGUCAAGCGAGGCUCUGAAGAAUUGCUAACGCACGGUACCGGCGCCGCAGUCAGUAAUGGAAACGCUAUCAGCACUCAUCCCGGACUCGUUGAUAAUAAUAAUGAUGCUAAAAAGGCUAAAUUGGAUAAAUCAGCCGGUAGACCGUCAAAAGUCAUACAUCUGCGGAAUAUCCCCAGCGAAGUUAGCGAAGCUGAAAUCAUUCACCUCGGCAUACCGUUCGGCCGGGUGACAAAUGUGCUUGUAUUAAAAGGAAAGAAUCAGGCGUUUUUAGAAAUGGCUGAUGAAUCGGCAGCUACAUCGAUGGUUAAUUAUUUUACGACGUGUACAGCUCAACUCAGAGGCAGAGCGGUCUAUGUGCAGUUUUCAAAUCACAAGGAAUUAAAAACCGAUCAAACACACAGUAACUCGAACGCUUCGGCUCAGGCAGCUCUUCAAGCCGCUCAGGCAUUAAGUGGCAACUCAGAUACCCAAGGUGGCCCGAAUACAGUACUCAGAGUGAUUAUCGAACAUAUGCUGUAUCCUAUUACGUUGGACGUUUUGCAUCAGAUAUUCUCAAGAUACGGAAACGUGCUAAAGAUAGUUACAUUUACCAAAAACAAUACUUUUCAAGUUCUUAUUCAGUAUCCAGAUGUUGUAUCGGCUCAGUCGGCUAAAUUGUCGCUGGAUGGUCAAAACAUCUACAAUUCGUGUUGCACGUUACGUAUAGAAUUCUCCAAAUUAACGAGCUUGAACGUUAAAUACAACAAUGAUAAAUCGAGAGAUUACACGAAUCCAACACUACCGAAUGGCGACACAGCAGCUCUGGAUGCCCUCGCACUGCCCGAUCAACUCUUACCGCAACUAUUUCUGGCCGGUGCAGCGACAGCCAAUCCAGCCGCACUUCAGGCAGCAGCCAGACGCUCAUUAGCUCAGAAUGAUCGAUUAGGUGGAGGUUGUUCGAAUCUUCCGUCACUGUUUUCCUCUUUGUCUAGUAUCAGCUCACAGAUAAAUAGUAAUCCUUUUCCAGGAUCUCCGACAGGAGGACUACCUUUAGGAAAUUUUCCAUUAACGAAUACCACAUCGAAUCUCCGUAUGCCAGGCCAAAUGGGAAGCACAUCUUGCGUUUUACUUGUUAGUAAUUUAAACGAAGAAAUGGUUUCACCUGAUGCUCUGUUUACCUUGUUCGGCGUGUACGGUGACGUGUUACGAGUGAAGAUCUUAUACAAUAAAAAAGAUUGCGCUUUAAUCCAAAUGGCAGAACCUCAACAAGCUCAGCUCGCCUUGCUACAUAUGGAUAAACUACGCCUGUUCGGUAAAGAAAUACGCGUUAUGCAAUCAAAAUAUCAAACCGUUCAGUUACCCAAAGAAGGCCAACCCGAUGCCGGCCUUACCAAAGAUUACACACUGUCUCCGCUCCAUCGUUUCAAGAAACCCGGCUCGAAAAAUUAUCAGAAUAUUUAUUCGCCUUCGGCUACGCUUCAUUUAUCUAACAUUCCACAAAAUGUCAGCGAAGAAGAAAUCAAGAACGCGUUCCAAAAGAAUGGCUUCGAAGUUAGAGAAUUCCGUUUCUUCCCUAAAGACAGAAGAAUGGCUUUGAUACAGUUGAAUUCCAUAGACGAUGCUGUAGCCGCACUAAUCAAAAUGCACGACUAUCAGCUCGGCGAGACUAGCAACCUGCGGGUGUCGUUUUCCAAGACCAAUAUACAUCCGGAAAAUAAAAUCCAGUAAUGGAUCGUUUGGUAGAGUGUGUCAAGAUGGCCUUCGCGCUGUUCCGCGCGUGUUGCCGAUACCGAUACCGAUGCCGCCGUGUCUCGACUGAUAUUGUAUAAAUACGUGUUGUUAUUUCUUAAUUGUAAUGAUAAUAUUAUAUAAAAAAUAAUAUCGAAAGAAGAGGAAAAUGAAAAUGAAAUUAUGAAAAAUGCACGCCAUUCGAGAUAGAGUGAGUUUGAAAAAAAAUCCCUUCUUUAUUUUAAUUUUUUUUUUUUUAAAUAUUGAAUCAAAUCGCUAACGCGGAUCAGCCAAUUUCCCCUCGGCCCCCUCGACGAGUUAACAUACCUAAUUAUUAUCUAGAGAAUCGUUAAGCGUGUUUUUAUUUUGUACAAAAUGAGAUCAUUCUUAUAUAAAUCCCAGUGUUGUUAUAAUUAUUACUGUUAUACAUUUUUUUUGUAUGUGAUCGUUGUGUUGUUGUUAGGGCGUAUGCAUAAAUCAAGUUUUUUUUUAUGUCGUAAUAAUAUUUCUCUUUUUUUUCUCUUUCGUUUUUGAAACGUAUCUCUUCAUUACGCUUUCCUCCAAACAUAAUUUUUCUGUGUUUAUAAGUAUUAUUACUCUUUGUAGUAUUUUCCUCCUUUUGAUUUUUUUUCCUUGUAUUUUAUUAUUCUUUAUUUUAAUUUUAAUUUUAAUUUUACUUUAUUUUACUCGAUUUUUUUUUUCAUUUUCAUGUUUUAGAGAAUCUUACGUGUCAAUUUUUUUGUACUCGGGUAUUUGAAUUUUGAGAGAUUUUUUAGUUUUUAUUUAUGAUUUUUUUUUCUCGAGUUCUUAUUUUGAACUUUGAUAAGUAUUGUUUUAUCGAUACACUCGCAGUCCUUUUUAUGUAUCUAAGUUGUCAACUUAAGCAUAUCUUAAGAUAUUUUAAAGAUUAGAUUUUAAUCGAUGAAUCAACUCAAAAUCCUCUAAAACGUGUCACAGCUUUAAAAUAAUCGUAUUUUUAUAUUAUAAUUUUUUUUCCUCUCAUAGACCUCCCAAGUCAUUUUUUAAAGAAUAGGUGUUAUUUUGAGAUUUAUUUUUUAUGUGGUAGUGGAGUGGAAAUUGUGGGGUGGAGUAGAGGGUUUUUAAAAGAUGGGUAUGUUGGAUUGAUAUGAAUUCAAAUACGUAAGAUGAUUUUGUUCGAUUUUAUUUCUUGAUUUAAGUAUCUUUCAACAUCGAUAAAAUAUUGAAAAAUUUUUUUAAUUUAUUAUAAUGUGAUUAAUUUUUUUGUUUGAGGGAUAAAAAAAAUAAAAAUAGAAAAAAACUUGAAAAUUUUGAAAAAAUGAAUGAAAAUUUUAUUUGAAAAAUUAGAUUUUUUUCUUCAAAUCUAUGAAUUAUUACAUUCUGAAUUUUCGAGUCGGUGGUCAUGAGACUAUAACCAUCCCCCUCCUUUCUCAAAAAAAUUUCCUAAUUUCAUAGAAUUUGUGAAAAAAAAUAUUUUUAAUGAAUUGAUCUCGUAAAUAAUGCAGCUAAAUACAAAACAAUUUUUGCAACAACUCUUGAAACAUGUUGCCAUCCUCACCCUCUCUUUUUCUACCCCCCUACCGUCCAUUAUAGUUGAUAGAAUCUAAGUUAUAAUCUUAUUAUAUUACCACAAUAACGACAGAACGACCUAAUCUGAUGGUUUUUAUCCGACGAGAAAUUCGUUCUUAAGAAAAAAGAAAAUAAUGGAUCAGAAAGGUGCUUGAAAUUUGCAAUUCGCGUUGAUUUUUUCCAACCCAAUAAAAAAGAAACAUAAACGCGCGACCUUUCUUAGUGUUUGGAAUUUUUUUUAAAUGUUAAGAUUAUUUUGAAAUUUUAAUUUUGUUGACCUAUAUAUUUAUUUAUAUACCUAUUUUACAUAUUAACUUUUUUUUAGUUGAAACACGUACUUACCUAUAUAAAUACGAAAUUGUGAUGUAGUUAAAUUAUCCAUCUCGUUCACUGAUGGUUUUUAAAUUGUUGUAUUUGUUAUAUCGUCAUAGAAUAUUUUAGGAAAAAAAAUAUCCAUGUUUCUUUAAAAUUCUUUUCCCUUUUUUUUUUCGUUAAUUCGUUUCGUUUUCGUUACUUUUAACUGUUCUGUUUUUUUAAAAUGUUAUUUCCGUUGUGUUUUUUUUUUUCGCACAAAAUGUUUUACGUACGUAAGUAUGUUUAUUCAAAAUAAUCUUUUAGUAAGAUCUGAUCCAUGGUCGAAGGAUUGCACAAUGUUUUUGCUUCGCGUAUACGUAUUUUUUUCUUGUUUUUAAUUACGUUUAUUAUUUUUUUUUUAUAAUUCUCGAUUUUUUGUUCGGCAUUUAUUACUCGUUUCUUUAUCAUUCCUUAUUACUUUUUUUUUGCGUGUGUUUCUUUUUUCUUCUAUUCUUUUUUUUUAAUGCAGUAUUAUUUUAUGUAGUUUAAUUUUACGUAUACGUAGGCCAGUUAAAUAUAGACGUUCUUUUUUA